UGAAAAAUAAUGUCUGUUACUGUCAAGGUUGCACAUGGUGACCUGGAACGUGGCCACAGCAGAGCCUCCCGAAGACGUCACCUCUUUGCUGCAACUAGAUGUCCAACCCCCCACAGAUCUCUAUGUGAUUGGCCUGCAGGAGGUGAACGCCACCCCUGUGAGGUUCAUCUCGGACUUGUUAGCAGAGGACUCCUGGAGCCACAUCUUUAUGGACACACUGGCACCAAGAGGAUUUGUGAAGGUCACAUCAGUGAGGAUGCAGGGCUUGCUGCUGUUGGUUUUCGCCAAACAAUUUCACCUCCCAUUCAUCAGAAACAUCCAGACCACCUACACCCGCACCGGCAUCUUCGGCUACUGGGGUAAUAAAGGAGGAGUGUCCGUGCGUUUUUCCUUCUACGGCCACAUGGUGUGCUUCCUCAACUGCCACCUAGCAGCUCACAUGAACUACGCUCUGCAGCGCGUUGACGAGUUUGAGUACAUCCUGGAUAUGCAAGACUUUGACAUCAGCGACACCCCACACAUCCUGGACCACAAGGUGGUGUUCUGGUUUGGCGACCUGAACUUCCGUAUCGCAGACCAUGGCUUGCACUUCCUCCGCUCGUCCAUAACCAGCGGACGGCUAAAUUUACUGUGGAACAAAGACCAGCUUAUCAUGAUGAAGAAGAAGGAACAGUUCCUGCAGGAAUUUGAGGAAGGGCCAUUAAAUUUUAAACCCACCUACAAGUUUGACCGUAACUCCGACACCUAUGAUACCAGCGGCAAGAAGCGGAAACCAGCCUGGACAGAUCGGAUCCUCUGGCGCAUCAAACCCAAACCCCUCCCAUCAGAGGAUGAUGAUGAGAAGGCAUCGACUUCUACACAUGAUGAACAAGAUGAGUAUCCAAUCCUGGUCAGCCAGGAUAAAUACACCAGUGACAUGAGCUACGGGGUCAGUGACCACAAGCCUGUCAUUGCAACCUUCAGUCUGGAGCUGAGGAAGUGUUUUGACACACAACUGGUGCACAUCUCUCCUGUGGGUGUAUGGAGCGCUGACCAGGAUGCGCUUCUUAACUACACUGUGCAAGAGGACUUCAUGUCCUCCACAUGGGACUGGAUUGGCUUGUACAAGGUGGGAUUCAAGAGUGCAUCCGACUAUGAAACCUUUGCUUGGGUUAGAGAGGAUGACCUGCCAGAGACAAAUGAAGUCAUACAGAUAUCUGUGGAUAAGGAUGAGAUCCCUCUGCUAGGUGGACAGUAUGUUUUGGGUUACUACAGUACAAACAUGCAAAGCAUCAUCGGCCUCAGUGCCAACUUCCAGAUCCUGGAGUCAAGGCGUGCUGUUAUGGAAGGCCUCGUUCCUGAGAACGUCAACGGGCUCAACAAAUAAGAAUAAAAUUCAUUGCAGUGCCACAUCCUAUUUCCUCUCCCCUGCAAAUUCACUCAGAACUGAUUCAGACUUUCAAAUGCCCCAAGAUCAACUCCAUCAUCUGGAUAAGCUGACUCAGCCAUUAAAUAAUGGCCACCACACAUGGAUUGGAAACUUUAAUUUGUUGCUCUGGACUUUUUGCCUCUAAGGAGUUCACUCCAAGUCAGAGUCUUUACAGAAAGGUUUAUCGCUGUAAUGAGUGGCUGACCACCUUAUCCACAGGCCUUCUUUUGCCUGUCAGAGCAGAAAACACAGGAAUAAACAUGCCAAACUACACAGUUACUUUUAAAAUAAAAGGCAUGCUUCAGUUCUAUUUUUGAAAGUAGAACAGGUUAAUACAGGCCUUGGUCAAACAUUUGAAAAUAAGUACAAGUAAUAAAUACAUUUUUAUUGUUUUGGUUUGAGCUACAUUAGUGCAAGUGCAGAGAGCUGUGCAAGUGUAUGAAAGAUCUGCCAAUCAUAGGGAACUGUUGUAUAAAAAAUUCUCUGAUGAUACAGGCUGUUUUACUUUAUCUGUACUGUCUUAAUGCAGAGGGAUACAUCUAAAUGAGUUUUUUAAAUUCUUGCUAUCAUUUAUUUGCACCAGCUAUUGGAAUCAAGUGUCUUAGAGUAUAACAAUAAAUAUGGGAGAAAAAUUUAAAAUAUAACAUGUACGUUAAUCCCUCAAAUGUUAAAUGUGGAUGUUGACGUGGGCUUCAACACUGAGGUGUUUUGAGUCACUUUAUGACAAAUAAUGUGUCAUGUACAUGCAGUAUUUUAAGUCUAUUGUGUAUCAUGGCAGACUUUUAGGCCAUGAACAGAAUCAAAAAAUAAUUUUAUUUCAAAUUUACCUGAAUCAUAAAGAUCUGAGUUAAUUAUUUAGAUAUCUAACUAUCUUCUGCUGUAUUUUCUUACAUCAGUGUAAAACAGGAAGUCUUUUUCUAUUCCAAUGCAAAAAAUUAUUGUCAAAGAAAAAAGUGUAAAAAUGUCCGUGAAGUUGUGUAUGUUUGGUUAACUGAUGAAUAAUAUUACAGCAACAGAACAAAAUAA